AGACGGCAACCACAUACACAAUCUCACGCCACCGGAAGUACGGCCUCCGGUCAUUUCCUUCUUUGUACGGCAUCCCAUUGGCCAUUGGGGCUUUCUCGAGUCGCCGGAAAACGUGAUGACGAUAUCCGGCAACACCGUCGAUGCAUCCAAACAAACCCUAAUCUUCUCUUACGGAACUCUCAAACGUGGAUUUGCUAAUCACCCCUUAAUGGAAGAUUUAAUCUCUCGAAAGGACGCCGUUUUCAUGGGCAAUUACGUCACCGACCUCCAGCUCCCGCUUGUCCGUGGUCCCCAUGGCGUACCUUUUCUCCUCAACUUCCCUGGGACCGGCGGCCACCGUGUCCGUGGCGAGCUUUACUCCGUUUCCGAUUCUGGCCUGCAACGCCUUGAUGUACUUGAAGGCAUUACCCUUGGACAUUACGAGAGGCUUCCGAUUACCGUUUGCCCGGAGAUAUGUGAUGCUGGAGACGGUGGCCGUCGAAUGGCGGUAGAUGCUGAGGCGUAUUAUGCGCAUCGGAGUUUUGCGGAGGACAUGUGGCGGAGGAGCGGACGGGAGGGGUUUGAGUCGUAUAGUCAGGAAGUGGCCAAGGGUUACGUGAGGAGGGAUUUGAGGCCGAAAGAUCGGAGUUUCCGUGAGCAGAUUACAUUGUUUUGUUCAUCGAAUUGAACAAUAAAUCUGAGGUUGGAUUCCAAUCCUGCUUCUAAGUGUAUCUACUCCAUCUCCAUGGCCUUAGAAAUUCAUAAGCAAUUGCAACUGUAUCAGUUUCGAGAUUACUGUAUUUGAUACUCGAAUUAUCAUCAUUUAUCGUAAUUAUAGUGCUUGUUCCGAAGUGACUGAUUAGUUUACCUAAUAUUUUGGAGUAAAAUCUUAUGAAAUUAAUGCAAUUCUAUGAUGUGAUCGGAUUAUGCU